AUGGCUACAGCAAGAUCUACAAAUGCAAGUGAUGACGUGGACUCUAAUUCUGGUAAUGAUAUGAGAGAAAAUCCCAGAAGGUCUGAACGUAGCAGAACACUUACAGAAAAAGGACAAGAAUAUCAAGUUAAAAUGCUUCUGGAAAGGUGUAAGUCGAAAUUUGAAUUGUUUUCAAAAAUAAGAAUGAAGCUCCUGAAAAGUAUUGAUGAUGGUGUCUCAUUGCGUACUAUAAAAGACGAUUUGAAAACCUUCGAAUUAUGUUUUCAUGGCUAUCGUACAGCACAUAAGGAGUAUGUAGCAUUGUUAGUUGAUGCCAAUGCUAUUAAUGAAGAAAAUGAUAUUUUCAUAAAUGCUCAACAUUUGUUUGAAGAAUUUCGUGCUAAAGCGAUUGAAGAAAUUAGAAGCAUCGAGACUGAUAAAGAUGUCAGUUCUGUACAUACCAGUCUUUCAAGAUAUUCUCAUAGAUCUUAUUCUUCAUCAUCGAGUUCAUCUGUGGCGUUUAGGCUGGCUGAAAUAGCUGCCAAGAAAGCCUCAUUACAAGCAGAAGCUAGUUUUGCUGAAACUGAAGUAAAAAUUGCACAAGAGGAGGCAAAAUUGAAAUCAGAAUUAGCACAAGCAGAUGCAAAAUUGAAGUCAGAACUAGCACAAACAGAAGCAAAACUCAAAGCUGAAGCUGUAAGGCUUCAAGCAAACGUACAACAAGCUGAAAUACAAUUACAAGCUGACAAGAGAAGACUGAAUCUGCAAAAGGAAAUUGCUAAAGCAGAAGCAGAAGAGAAUAUUUUUGCUCAAAUUGAUUGUGAAAAUGAUAGCUUUAGUAGACGUGAUGUGACACAUUUUGCACCGAACGAACCUUUUGUAGUAAGUCCGCAUCAAUUCCAUACUGCUGAACAAACUGCUUUAACGAAUGAAAAUUUGGUACCGGCACCUGAAAAUACAGCUGUACCAUUUGUUACAAAUCAUAUGAAUGCAAAUCCUGCUUAUUCGAACACUGCUGAAAACGAAGUUUCAAAUCCAUUGAAUUUGUCUACUGCACCACAAAACCCAUCGGCAGAUGGCGCUAGUAGUUCAGAAAUUAAAAGACUAGUUGAAACAGUUGUUGAUAUUCAACAAAGGGCUUCAUUGCCAAAUGAAGAACCAGAAGUUUUUGAUGGUGAUUUAUUGAGAUUUCCUAUAUGGCUUGGAGAUUUUGAAGAUCUUAUUGAAAGAAAUGUUCGAAACCCUAACAGGCGUCUUCGUUAUCUUUUGAAGUAUACGACUGGAGAUGCAAGAAAGGCUAUUGAAGGUUUCAUGGGCAUAGAUGAUGAAAACGCAUAUAAUGAAGCAAAAGCGACACUAAUGGAGUGGUAUGGCGACUCGGCUACAAUAUCCAGAGCUUACAAGCAAAGACUGAAGCAAUGGCCUAUCAUACCUAUGAAUGAUGGCGGAAAAGGAAUGCGUGAGUUUUGUCAUUUUCUUACUAGUUGUAAGCUAUUGGUAAAAAAUUCUACGUUACUGAAGAAAUUGGAUGAUGAAGACUUAAUCCAAGUUCUUGUUUUGAAAUUGCCAAAGUCGGCAAGAGAUAGAUGGUCGUCAAAUGCAUGUGAAUAUCACAGAAAACAUGGAAGCUUUCCACCAUUUUCUGAAUUCUGUGAUCAUGUCAAGAAAAUAUCGAAAGUAACUACACUUCCUCUGUAUGGAACUGGAGUACUUGAUGAACUUGUGGCUAACAAUAAGAAAGCUGCAAAUGUACCCGUUAGAAGAAGGACUUAUAAUAGAGGUUCUCACUCGUACUCUAUUGAUGCAAGCGAAGAAGUUCACAGUUCUCGACAAACAGCUAAGUCGAAAACUACCCAUUUCUCAGAUUCGUGUGUGUGUUGUAAAGGAUCACAUGAUCUGAAUGAUUGUACAGCUUUUCUCAAGAAAUCUUACAAUGACCGAAUCGAAUUUAUCAAGUCAAAUGGCAUAUGUUUUGCAUGUCUAAGAAAAGGUCAUCGUUCGAAAGGAUGCACCAAAAGAAAGACUUGCAAAACUUGUGGUAAAGGUCACCCUACUGCCAUACAUUCAGAAGAAUUCGUUCGCAAGGUCAAGACGAAGAUAGAUUCAAAUGAAGAAAAUAGUUUAACGAAUGCUGAUUGUAAGAAAAGUAUAAUCUGUCAUGCAUCAGAAGCUCGAGAAGUUAUUCGAACUACAAGGAUUGUACCAAUACAAAUACUUUGUGCUGAUCGACCAAGCAAGAAAUUAAAAGUUUAUGCAAUUUUAGAUGAACAAUCUGAUACCACAUUCAUUUCGGAUGAUGUCAGACGAAGCUUGGAAUCAAAUGGAUUUAAGGUGAGAUUGAACCUUUCUACUAUGACCAGUUCGACUGUGGUGGAUUCAUACAAGAUUAUGGGCUUGCAAAUUUUAGGUUGUAAUGGCCACAAGAUAGAUUUGCCUCCAUGUUACACAAGAGAUUCCAUCCCAGUAAAUCGUAAUCAAAUUAUAGACAAGAGGGUUCUGAACAAGUAUACAAAGUUCCAAGAUAUUCUAGAUGAAAUCCCGGACUGUGAUCCUAAUAUUGAUAUUGGUAUACUCAUUGGCACUGAUUGUAUGCAAGCAUUGCGUCCGUUGCAAAUUAUAUCAGAUGCCGACACAGAAAGUUAUGCUAUCAAAACAGCAUUAGGAUGGGGAGUUGUUGGAAUGAUUGAUGCAGUAUGUGUUGGUGGAUAUGCUACCAAAACUUGUAACAAAGUGAUAUCACAUGACCUGUAUGCACCUGACAUCAUUUCUCCUCAAUUUGUACCUAUAAAUCAAGUUAAAGAAGUCAUUAACCCUUGCAUGAUUUUGAGAAGUUUCGAACAAGAUUUCAUUGAAUGCAUGCACAAGAAUAAUAUCAAAAAGCAAGAAAUUGAUGGUACAUCGAACAAACCUAUUUCUAUCGAAGAUCGUAGAUUUUUGCAGAAGUGUCAAUCAAGUAUUCACAGGACACAGGAUGGUCAUUAUGAGAUGUCUCUCCCUUUUCGAAACAAAGAAGUGAAGCUUUCAAACAACAAGCAAUUAGCUCUCAGAUGCUUACAAGGAAUUAAGAAGCGUUUUGAGAAAGAUGAAAGGUUUAAAGAGCUUUACUGUGCAUUCAUGAAAGAUGCAAUUGAAAAGGGAUAUGCUGAGAGAUUGUCCGAUGGUGACAAUGGUAAUCAUGGAUAUGUAUGGUAUAUUCCACAUCAUGGAGUGUUUCAUCCUUGUAAGCCAAACAAGAUCAGAGUUGUAUUUAAUUGCAGUUCUGAAUUUGAAGGUCAAAGUUUAAAUGGGCAUUUGCUACAAGGACCAGAUCUUACCAACUCACUGAUAUCAGUACUUGCUCGAUUUCGUGAAAAGGAAAUUGCGUUCAUGGCAGACAUCGAAUCAAUGUUUUAUCAAGUUCGAAUUAACGAAGAAGACAGAGAUUUUGUCAGAUUUCUGUGGUGGGACAAUGGAGAUUGCACGAAAAAACCUAGUUGUUACAGGAUGCGAGUCAUGGUGUUUGGUUCUACGUCGAGUCCAUCGUGCUGUAAUUUUGUCCUCAAGAAGACUGCAGAUGACUAUGAAAAGGAAUUUGGUGAAGAAGCAGCUCAAUUCUUGAGAAAGAAUUUCUACGUUGAUGAUGGUUUAAAGUCAGUUGAUAGUGUUGAAGAAGCAACAUCGUUGAUCAAAGCAAGUAAGAAAAUGUGUGCUAAAGGUGGUUUCAAUUUGACAAAAUUUGUGUCUAAUAAUAAUGAAGUUUUACAAGCUGUUGAUGAGAAUGAUCGCUCGACAAAGUUCAAGAAUUUAGAUCUUGGAAGUAACCCAAUACCAGUUGAAAGAGCACUGGGUGUUCAAUGGUGUAUUGUGGAUGACAGUUUCACUUUUCGUAUUACUUUGAAAGAUCGUCCUUUCACAAGGCGUGGAAUUCUGUCAACAGUAUGUUCAAUCUAUGAUCCGUUCGGAUUUAUUGCUCCUGUUGUCUUAGAAGGAAAACGCAUUCUUCAGGAGUUGUGUCGUGAUAAGUGCAAAUGGGAUGAACCCGUUCCAGAUAAUUUGAAACCAAGAUGGGAGCGAUGGAGAAAUGAUCUUCAUCAUCUUGCCGAAUUAAAAAUUCGACGAUGUUUCAAGCCAAGUAAUUUUGGUGAAAUCAAGGAAACUGAAUUACAUCACUUUAGUGAUGCCUCGACUCGUGGAUAUGGCCAGUGCACCUAUUUAAGACUGACCAAUCAGAAAAAUCAAAUUCAUUGUUCAUUCGUGAUGGGAAAGUCUAGAGUAGCACCAUUGAAACCUAUCACGAUACCUCGAUUGGAAUUGACUGCGGCACUUGUAUCUGUUCGGGUUGGAGUCAUGUUGAGACAAGAAUUGAAUUUUGUCAACAUCAAGGAAACAUAUUGGACAGACAGUAAAGUUGUUCUUGGUUAUGUUUCAAAUGAUUCUCGUCGAUUUCACAUAUAUGUGGCAAACCGUGUUCAAGAGAUUCGUGAUCAUAGUGAGCCAAAUCAAUGGUUUUAUGUGGAUACAAAGAACAACCCAGCUGAUGAUGCCUCAAGAGGUUUGUGUCCAAAAGAUCUACUGACCAAACAUGAUCGAUAUCUAAAGGGACCUGAUUUUCUGUGGAAACCACUUACAGUGGAAAAAGAGUUUUCACAUGAAUUCGAAGAGCUUGAUGCUUCGGAUCCAGAAAUACGUAAUUCUGUGACAUUUUUGACUGAAGUAAAAGAGCAAUCCUUCCCAAGUCUUUUGGAGAGAUUGUCAAUGUUUUCAAGUUUAUACAAAGCUCAGAGAUUUGUUGUCAUUUUAUGCCGAUGGCUGAAAAUUCUUCAAAAUCGUAGAAACAAGAAUUUGACUUCAUCUUUUGAUUCAAUAACUGUACAAGAGAUGGAAGAUGCUAAGAAGAUAAUUUUAAAACUUAUGCAGUGUCAAGUGUAUCCAGAUGAAAUCGAAAUAUUGAACAAACCUAAGAAAUUCGAUACUGUAAAGAAAUCUUCAUCAUUAUUCAAGCUUGAUCCAUGUAUAAGAUCUGAUGGAUUGUUGAGAAUUGGGGGAAGAUUGAAAGAUUCAAGUUUGCCUGAAGAAUUGAAGCAUCCUGUCAUAUUGCCCAAGUCUCAUCAUAUUACAACUCUGAUAAUCAAGCAUUAUCAUGAAGUCGUGAAACAUCAAGGACGUGGAAUUACACUCAAUGAAAUAAGAUCUGCUGGAUUUUGGAUAGUUUCUGGCAUUGCUGCUGUCUCAAGUUUCAUACAUCACUGCACAAAAUGUAGGAGACUUAGAGGAACAUUUCAAGAACAGAAAAUGGCUGAUUUACCAAAAGACAGAAUGGAUGAUAGUCCAUGUUUUUCAUUUUGUGCUACAGAUUUAUUUGGCCCCUUCAUUAUCAAAGAAAGGAGAAAAGAACUCAAGAGAUAUGGAGUUUUAUUUACAUGUAUGGCAUCGCGUGCUGUUCGUGUUGAAAUCGCCCCAAGUUUAGAAACCGACAGCUUUAUAAAUGCUCUAAGAAGAUUUAUUUGCAGAAAUGGGCCAAUCAGACAACUGAGAUGUGACCGUGGAACCAACAUGGUUGGAGCAUCAAGAGAAUUAAAAGAGGGUCUACAGGCAAUGAAUCAUUCAAAAAUUCAAGAAGUUUUACUUAGAGAAAAUUGUGAUUAUUUCCCAUUCAAGUUCAAUGUCAGCGCUGCAAGUUAUCAGGGAGGUGUUUGGGAACGUCAAAUUCGUAGUAUUAGAGCAGUUCUUUCAUCCAUCCUGGAAAAGAAUGGAAGGCAACUAGAUGAGGAUUCUCUUCGCACUCUGAUGGCAGAGGCUGAAGCAGUUGUCAAUGGACGUCCUCUAGUUGUGGAUAAUUUGUCAUGUCCUGAUUCACCACUGCCUCUGACGCCUAAUCAUUUGUUGACUGCGAAGACAAGACUUGUAUUACCACCACCAGGUGUAUUUGGAAGGGAAGAUUUGUACUCGCGUAAAAGAUGGAGGAGAGUACAGCAUUUAGCCAAUGAAUUUUGGAUUCGAUUUCGUAAAGAAUAUUUACAAUCACUCCAAGUUCGUCAAAAGUGGAACAAAGUUCAACGUGACCUCAAAAUUGGUGAUAUUGUCAUAGUCGUUGACGAAAAUACACCAAGAAAUCAGUGGAAGAUGGCAAGAAUUGUUGAUGUCUAUCCCGAUGCAGAUGGUCAUGUUCGAAGAGUUCGAGUUCACAUAGGAGAUUCAACACUCGAUGAGAGAGGAAAGCGUAUAAAGGAUGUUCUCUUUCUUGAUCGUCCAAUCCAAAAGUUGAUUCUUUUCUUGGAGAGUGGAGAUACGGGAGAAGAUUCCCGACGAGGGAGCCAGAAAUAG